GGUCCUGGAGGAGGAUGAGGGGUGGGUCAGUGGGAGCGGCCCAGGCUGGCUCCGCCCCGGAGCUGGAGGCUUCCCUCGGCAACACAGAGGAGGCUCUGUCUGUCUGUCUGACUGUCUGUCUGUCCCCUGCCUGCCGGCUGAGAGCUUUCCCGGGCAGCCAUGGCAGCCGCGGGCAGGGACAGGGUCGCUCACUUGCUGAGGCAGCUGCAGCGCGCGGCAUGCCAGUGUCCAACUCACUCUCACACUUAUUCCCAAGCUCCUGGACUUCCUGCUUCUGAGAAAACAACAGAUUAUGCAUUUGAGAUGGCAGUUUCAAAUAUUAGAUACGGGGCAGGAGUCACAAAAGAAGUAGGCAUGGACCUUCAAAAUAUGGGUGCUAAAAAUGUUUGUUUGAUGACAGAUAAGAACCUUUCCCAGCUGCCUCCAGUGCAAGUAGUCAUGAAUUCCUUAACAAAGAAUCGUAUAAACUUUAAAGUUUAUGAUAAUGUCAGGGUGGAACCUACUGAUUCAAGCUUCAUGGAAGCUAUUGAAUUUGCCAAAAGAGGGGCAUUCGAUGCCUAUGUUGCCGUGGGCGGUGGAUCUACCAUAGACACUUGUAAAGCGGCCAACCUGUAUGCAUCCAGCCCGGAGGCGGAUUUCUUAGAUUAUGUCAAUGCUCCCCUUGGAAAAGGACAACCCGUCACGGUACCCCUGAAGCCUCUGAUUGCAGUCCCCACUACAGCUGGAACUGGCAGUGAGACUACAGGAGUUGCCAUUUUUGACUAUGAGCGCUUAAAAGUAAAAACAGGUAUCGCCUCCAGAGCUAUCAAACCUACUCUAGGAAUAAUUGAUCCUUUGCACACACUUCACAUGCCCCCACGGGUAGUAGCUAACAGUGGUUUUGAUGUACUUUGCCAUGCAUUGGAAUCCUACACGGCCCUUCCUUACCACAAGCGAAGCCCUUGCCCUUCGAAUCCAAUCAAUCGACCGGCUUACCAGGGUAGCAACCCUAUAAGUGAUGUCUGGGCCAUACACGCAUUGCAAAUCGUUGCCAAGUAUCUUAAAAGAGCUGUCAGAAAUCCGGAUGACAUCGAGGCAAAGUCAAACAUGCACUUGGCAAGCGCUUUUGCUGGUAUUGGCUUUGGAAAUGCUGGUGUUCAUCUCUGCCAUGGGAUGUCUUACCCAAUUUCUGGUUUAGUGAAGACAUAUAAAGCGAAGGAUUAUAAUGUGGAUCAUUCUUUGGUGCCCCAUGGCCUUUCUGUGGUACUCACAUCCCCAGCAGUAUUUACCUUCACAUCCCAAAUGUUUCCUGAGCGGCACUUAGAGACAGCGAAGAUUUUGGGAGCCGAAGUCCGCACUGCCAAAAUCAAAGAUGCCGGGCUUAUUUUGGCCGACACGCUCCGGAAAUUUUUAUUUGAUCUGAAUGUUGACGAUGGUUUAGCCGCCAUUGGUUAUUCCAAAGCUGAUAUCCCGGCGUUGGUCAAAGGCACGCUGCCUCAGGAAAGAGUCACCAAACUCGCUCCCCGCUCUCAGUCGGAAGAAGAAUUGUCCGCUCUGUUUGAGGCUUCGAUGAAACUGUACUAAUUUAGGCUCAAACACAAAGAAUUCCCAUCUUCGGCGCCAGUUCCGAAGGCAGAAGCUGCUCUCUCCAGUUCCUGAGCUUUUCUCACCCACAAAUCAUCUCCCUGCUGCUAGCUGGUACACCUGGCUCUGGAGUCUGCCCCUUGUCUCUGGGUCAAGCCACUUCCAUGAAGCAGGCUAGGAAAACUCCCCGAGAGCCUUCGCUUCCUCCCUGUGUUGGCCCUCGGGAGUAGCCCACUCUUGCCAACUUUGCCACCAAUACCCAGAGAGGUCAAAUGACAGGGAGAAAUUUGGUUUUUUUUUUUUUCAUUUGAGUUUGAAGUUGUUUGACUUUCCUUUGAAGAACGGUGUAGGAUUUUUCUCUUCUGAUGAAGGAAUUGCAUAAAAUUGGAGCCAUUUAAGCAAGAAGAGACAAAUGGAGAUAACAGUCUCUCUUUUCUCCCCCUCGACCAGUCUUCUCUCUUCUUUUGUCUCCCCCCCCCCCCUUCCCAUCUCUUCCUUCUUCCUUUGGCCCUCCCCUUCCCUUCUCUCUCUCCCUUCCUUCCUGCCUCACAUAAUUCUGCUAGUCUUUUGUUUUCCCUCUCUCCCAUGACUUUUGUCCCCUGCCAUCUGAGCCAGGUACAUCUCUUGUGACUGUCACUUUAACAGAACUCACCGAGUGAAAUCCAGCAGAUUUUUUUUCUUCAGUUUUUUUUUUUAAUUCCAGAUACUCAUUAGUUUUGGGAGAACCAUCUAAUAAAUUGAGAGAGUACUUUUCAACAAUAAAAGAGUAGGAUAUGGAAAAGAGAGGAGGACCCCAGGAAGUUAUUCUUUUAUGUCUAAUAAAUUUUGGUUUGUGAAAAAUUCCAGGAACACUCAAAUCGAACAGGAUCAAAAAAUUAAAGAAAGUAAUGUUAAGGCUACUAAUCCUCCAGUGUAGGCAUUCUUAACCUUUUUUUCUUUCUUUUUUUUUUGGUGCCACCAGCCUCGUUAGUGUUCUGGUGAAGCCCAGGAACCCCCUUCUAAGACUUAAUGUUUUUGAAUGCACAAAAUAAAUUAUUUAGGAUUACUAGGAAAAGUGAUUAUAUUGAAACACAGCUAUCAAUAUAUUUGUUAAAAAUAACAAGAACUCCCAAGAUAGUGAAUAGAAUAUCCUUUGAGAGGAACAUUAAUUCACCCAUGGAAGCAAAGGGCUAUAAAUGCCUCUUUGGUCCAGAAUAAGUUAAUUGAAAGACACGAAAUUGUAUCAGAACCCUGUACUACAUAUGAACAUGCAAAGAGAAUACAGAAUAUCUAGCAAUUUUUCCCUUAGUCACAACUAGUCUACAAAAACUUCUAUCUUUUUCUCCUUGGUUCUGAUUAUAGUGGUGAUUCAUGUAAUGGCAUCAAUGUUCUGAAAAAGGGCAGUAUAACACUGGUACUAUGAAUCAUAUUUUAAAUUUCCAUUAACAUUUCAAAAUGUGUGUGUGAUUAAAUAAUGUACAUGUAAAUAAUAUAUACAUAAGAAAAAUAAAAGAGACUUUACUGCACCUCCCAA